AUGCCGGUCAGGAAAACAGCGGCUGCCACCGCGGUGUUAGCAAUCCUAACUACGCUGUUUCAUGAGGCGGCAUCCGCACCCUCGUGUCAGGACAGGGAUUACCUGUCUGCCUGCAGCCAAGACUGUGAGAACUACAAAUUCUACACGUGCGCCAACAUUAACAAAGUGGGCGACUUCUACCACUACGUGCAGCGUGCACUCAAGUAUCGCAACCUGUGGUUCAUCUUGAAGGACAGCCAGCUGGACUACUACCCAGCCGGCACCUUCGUGGACGGCAACGUGAGCGUCAUUGAGCUGCGGAACGCGCGGGUACACAGCUUCGCCCAGUUCGAGACCGGGCCCAACCCGUUCCUGGGGAUCGAGGACUCGCUCGAGAUCAUCAUCUUCAGGGAGGGCAGCACGCUGCCGUACUCCUGGAAGAUUUUCGACCGACUUAGGAAGCUCGAAAAGCUCGAGUUCUGGAACAUGAAGCACCUCGAGCUCACCGGCGAUUUCAAUGACCUUCCGCAGACCGUGAAUCGGGUGUAUAUCUACAACUCGACCAUCGGCUACAUCGACGAGAACUGGCUGUCCUCGCUGAAAAAUCUCAAACUCGUCAUCGUGCGGGACACUAACCUUAGGAAAUUUCUGAGGUCGAUGCUGCCGCUGCCUGCCCUGAAGCUACGGGAGCUGGACCUUGAGAGGAACGCUUUGACGUUUCUUCCAGAAGACAUCGGCCAGGGCUUCCCACUCCUCGAGUUUCUCAACGUUGGCCGAAACAACAUUACCACCCUAAACCAGAAAAGCCUGGCUCCGCUGAGGAACGGCACAUACGUGUACCUGUUCGGAAACCCGCUGCAUUGCGACUGCCGGCUCCGGUUCUUGCUGGAGUACAGUGAGGACUGGACCUACGCUCACUGUGUAUCACCGGCGGCGGUCAAGGGAAGCUACCUGAAGACCUUGUCCGCAGAACAGAUGACUUGCGGCAAUGACUCCAAAGUCAUGAGCUGA